AUAUAUAUAUAUAUAUAUAUAUAUAUAUAUAUAUAUUCCCAUUUUAAGAAUCUAUAUCUGGAACAAUUUAGUGCGUGCAAUGAAUUGUAUUUAUUUGAUUCUUUUUUUUGUGCAUGAUAUUUUGAAAUGGUGCUUUGGAUCACUUUUUUAAUUUGUAGUUUUUAUUUGAUUUAUUAUUUUUAUUGAAUAUCAGUACAGUGUGUGUAUAAUAUAUAUAUAUAUAUAUAUAAAUUGCAUCGACUGUAUUUCAGUUCAAUAAUAAAGUGUAGUAUAAUUUCUUUGCUUCUCGUCUGGACUCUGUUUUGAUACUCGGUAGCAGUCAGAGUUUUAUGAACGUGACUUGCAGCACAUCAGACCCACUUGAAAUUAACCCUGAACUGAUUUUGCUUUCACAUUGAAACAAACCGACCAAACGAUACGAUUAAAACAAACUGAAGUGGAAUUAAGUUUGGUUCACACUUCAGACUCCGACUUCAUUUCGAGUCGAGAGUCUCGACCCUGUGCGACAGGUCGGAGUGACGUCACCCUGCGUCUUUAUUGGAAAGUCGUACAGCCGUUUCUCAUGCGUAUGAGACCUGAAAUCGCACAGGGCCGGAUCAUGUUGAACAUUUUCAACAUUUGCUGCGUGGUCGCAGUGAAGUUGCACGGCUUUAUAGCUGCCUGCGCCUGACAUAUCGCAUUAAUCUGCGACAGAAGUAAGAACCAGCCGAUCUUUCAAACAAACUGCUCCGACUGUCUGCUGUAUGGCAGCACCUGGUUAACUAGUUACAAAAGAAUACGUGAAACAAAUCAUUGUGUACAUUGAGUUCCCCUGUCCGCUGGACUGUCCCAUUCAAUCCCUGCUUGUAUAAUUGUACCGCGUUCAGUUUUCUAGCUAUGUAUCUAUUUUAGAAUGCAUGCAUGUGUUUUUUCAAAGUUAUGGCAGGGCAACAAUAUUCCGUAGUAAAGAUAUGUCAAUGUGUUCAUGAGUUACACAAAAAACAAGACAGACGGCUGUCUCACCCUGUGGCUCCAGCUCUCCCCCUCACACCCCCAGCUCUCUGCUUUGCUGAUGCAGAGAAUUCUGUUCACAGAUUAAAUCCUGUUUGUUCUAGUGACAGGUUUUCAUGAAAGGAUAGAACAGGCAGCAUGGCAGGAGCGACUGUCUGUCUGUCUGUGUCUGUCUGAGUGCCUCUGUAUUUGAACCUAGAAUACUUCACUGUGCUGUGGAGCUGGUGUUUGGACCCCACCAUAAAGGGGUUCUAGCAAAUAAAAUAAUUUAUAACUUAACUGUAUUGCACUGUUACCAUGUGUUUCCUUUGCAUGAAAUCUAUGUGACACAGUCAAAUUCGAACAUGAUUAUUUUUUUUGCCACUCUAUACAUUUCAAGCAGUGUUUGUAAUGUUUGUCCCAGCACUUGGUUUUUGUAACGCAUGUUCGUUCCGUUGUUAUACAGAGCUCUCGCUGAACAUCAUAAGCUUCUAUUUAAAAUGGGAUGCCAGUGGGGUUUUGUUAUCGGUAUCCUGUGCAAGCCUCAGCGACUGAACAGCGUAAUUGCAAACAAUCACAGCAAAGUGCUUAUUUCAGCUCAACAGGCUUUUUGUUUUGUUUUUGCUCGUACGAGGAGAGGUGAGGGGGGCCGGGUGUUUUGGGUCCCAGCUGUAUUCAGUGGGAGAGAGACGGAGGAGAGCAGGGUGCCUCCGAAUCAAUUUCAUUUAAUUAAAGAAUUCCAAACCGCUGUUUUCUUAACCAGCUGGAGAAUCUUGGAGGUGAAAUUAUUUAAAAAAAAAAAAAAAAAGUGUGACAAGACAGAACAUUAUUUAAAGGGGGCACUGAGUAGUGUUUGAGUACUGAGCCAAACUACCAGGGACUGAACACCAAGGAAAGAAAGAGAAAGAAAGAAAGAAAGAAAGAAAGAAAGAAAGAAAGAAAGAAAAAAAACCCAGUUUUAUAAGAGUCCCGUAUUCACAGCCGGACCCCUCUGCGAGUUUGGGACCUCUCUGUGUCUGGGACCUCUCUGCUCCCUCUCUGAUGGAUGCCUGCACAGGGCUGGAGGGGCAGCCGCACCCCCGACUCCAAUAUGGGACGGUCCCGGGGAGAUACUACUACCAUGAGCCAAACUAUCUGACCGACCUGUCUGACUGUCGACCUGAGAGAGAGCCAGAUAGAGCCCUUGGCUACUGGACCAUCCCUGGUUCCAGAACCGGACAGGUCCUCCAGGAUUACACCAACUGGAGGGCUGCCAUGGCCCCCUCUGAGCCCUUCAAUCUGGAUCUGCAGCUGGGGGCGCACUGGGAAUUGGAGAGGAGGGAGGGUAGGGAGCCGAUUGCCCGUGAGGAGUGGGCAGAGGGGCAGAGGGCUAGGAAGGCAAGAGAGAGAAGGAGGGGCGAGAGUUGGGCGCUGAGAGCUGAAUCACACAGUCCAUCCCGCUUGAAGAGAGGGCUGCAACCAUCCUGGGACCAGAACUUCAGUUAUCAAGGUCCACGGCACUGGCGGUACAGUCAUACCCUACCUAGAAAGACGUCCCUGGAUCCCCCUUCAGGAACUCAGCUGGAGAGGGAGGAACGGUGGCUAUGUAACCCUGCUUUACAAGACCCUGGCCUUAGCAGGUCCAGGAAGGAGCUGCUGGGAAUGUUGAGAGAGGAGAAGGGUGGCACUGCUACCCAGCUUACUACCCGCUUUCCCGGGACACUCAGUUUUGAGAAGGCAAGGCAGCAGGAGAGCAGGGAGGAAUUGAAGGAAAACCAACCAGAAAAGAGGAUGUUUAGCCAGCCCCCGACUUAUGUGCCUCCCCCUCCCUAUAGCGCCCCCCACAGGACUGCAAGAGUCCCGAACCCCAGACCAGAGCCCUCCCAACUCAACAUCAGCACAGCAGCGGACAGGAAAGCCUACUCAGAAUGGGUUUUGCCUUGCUGGAACUCUCCUGGGGAAUGGAGAAAAGAGGGGAGAGAGAAGGGGAUGGAGAAAAAGAAGAAAAGACUGGAUCCUGAGAUCUGGCCUCAAACGCUUGGCUAUGGGACGUGGGGCGGCUCCACUGCACUCUCCAAGCAGAGGCCCCAUUUAGGGAGAGAGGGCCCGAUCGAUCGUGAGCUGUCUGGAUCCCCACAGAAGAGAUUUGAGGGAGGAGAGCUGACAGCCAUCCCGGAUAGCAGGAGGAAGAAAAGCAGAGCCAGGGAGACUGUCUUUUGUUUGGUUUCCCGGCCAGGGAGUGAGGCGGGAGGGCCAGGCCAGCCCUCAGAGGUCAUGAGAUCCUUUCCCCUGCCCAAGAGCGUCACCAAGGCAGGACAAAACAGCACUGAAAGGGUUAGAGGGAGACCGGCGAGUGAGGGGUGGGAGGAGAGCAGUAGGAACUACAGAGACAGGGAGAGUAGCACUCGCUUGCCCCACAAAGAGUCCCACUCCCAGACAAUGAACCGGGAGAUCAGUGGCUACUCAAAGCCCCAGGCUGGACGGGACAGAUCCCAGAGUGCUGCGAGGCAUUGGUCCCACAGCCACUGGGAGGAAGGAGAGCGGGGAAGUCGUAGAAGGGAAUCACUACAAAGGGCUGCCAGUGAGCCGAGAGAAGGCUAUGCCAACUACCAGACUCUGCCCAGGGUACGGGGGCCAAGAGCCAAGGACCGGGACAGAGGCAGGGGCAACACCAGCCAAAACAGAGAGGCUUUGGACACCUUUGAAAUUUCAAGCAAGACCUUAGCCCUGAGUGGGCAGAGAGGUUUGUCAGGUUUUCCUCGCUGGAAGGAGACAAAUCAACUUGGGAAUCCCAGGAUCGUUCAUCCAAAAGGGGAGACUGGAAGCUGCGGCCCUACGGAAGACACAGGGAAACUGAGGGAAGAGAGGGGAGAGGCUCAAAAGGACAGCAGCGACAAUGGGGUUUUGGUAAUAGACGCUACCUGUGUUAUCGUUACAGCUGAGUUUAUCUUCCCACCAAAGAAAGAGCAUGUUCAAUACCUGUACCUGGCUAGCACAGAUAAUUCUGAACUACCAGAUAUGGAUCUGAUUCCUUCAAACAGUAACACAGAUAACAUAGAGACUGGACUGCAGAGCCUGGAGUCCUUGGAGAGCAAACAACAGAUUACUGAGACCCUUUCUCCCUGUCAGAGGCUGCUCCUCAACAGCAGACGGAGUCAACACACCCCACCUGCUUCGGAAACUCUUUCUGGAUGCUACGAAACUCAGGAAGCCCAUAACUUAGAAACAAUGGAUCAAGUGGCUAUCCCAUCCCCUGUACCUGCCAAUGAAACCCUGGAGGAGAGAACCAGGAGGAUUUUAGGGAUCCUCCAAGAAAAAAGCCGAUUGGAACUCGAGGGUGCCCUGUGUCGCUGGGAGGAGGAAGGAGAAACUUUGGGAAGCGUGACAGAAUAUGACAGCCCGAGAUCAGAUAACGAAGAGCAAGAGGCCCAGGAACAGGAGGAGGUAGAGGUUUGGGAGAGGGAUGGAGAGAGAGAUGCCUCUGGAGGUAGGGAUGCUGGGGAGAGGAAUGGGGAGGCUUCCCCUCUUGGAUGCUGUGAACCUGAGAAGGAUGAACAGAAAAGAGGAGGUGGAGAGUCUGUCCUUCCUGCUACAGGGGACGUGGUGGAGACAGAAGAAGCAAACCCAUUGGGGGAAGAGCUUGAGGUUCAACCGCACAGGGCAGAGGAAAUCAGUGAACCCCUACAUGGGGUGCCAGCUUUCCAGGAGUUUGAGAACUGGCAAGAGAGGCCAGGGAGUCCCAAGGGAACAGAGGAACACACUGUUCCUGACGGAGAGACCACUGACAAGCCCCCCAGUCCAGCAGAGAUCCCCACAUUGCCUGAUGCCCUCCCCCAACUGGAUGACAUACAUUUUGAAACCGAACCUGUGGAGUCAUCCCCUGAUAACACUGAUGGCAUCCAGCAUGCCUCCAUAGAGGCUAGCCCCCAACAGGAGAUUACAGAAGGAGAAAUUCCUUCUCCAGAGUAUUGUCAGUAUCCUCCUCCUCCUCCUCCUCCUCCUCUUCCCAAAGACGUUGCUUCAAAUUCAUGGACCCUUUGGGAUGCGGUCAACCGAAUCCGCAAACACACCGCCCCCGAUUCUGAAAGCGAGGAUGAGGAGGUGGUGGAGGUGUGGGAUAGGGAUGGGGAGGCAGAUACCUCAGUAGGGAGGGAAGCUGGGGAGAAGAGUGGGGAGGUGGUCCAUCUUGGGGGAAGGGAACCUGGGGAGGAUGAAUGGGGAAGACUAGAAGGUGGGGAAGAGGAUGCAUUCUCCUGCAGCAGCUCAGACAGCCACACCUCCCGGGAUACAGUGAUUAUACGAGGCACCACCAUGUCUGAAGAGGAGGAGCAGGGAGAGAGUGACACUGGGAGUGAUGCUGGGGAGCUGGGGCUGGGAGAGAGUGAGGGAUUUGAGAUUGAUGGAGAUGAUGACAGUGAUGCUGAGCUAAGACCCAUUAAGGAGGAGAUGGAAGGGGAGUUGGGAGGGAAUGGGUGGUUAGGGAAUGAUGUGCAGGAAUUAGAAGGGAGUGGGGUUUUUAGGAGUGAUUUUUGGAGUGAUGGGGAGUUGGGGUCCACUGAAGAGGCACUGGGUGGGGGUAUGCAAUUUAGAAAUGGAGAGCUGGGGCAAACUGAGGGGGGGCUGGGAGGGAAUGGGUGGUUAGGGAAUGACGUUGAGGAACAGGGGGACAUUCAGUGGGGACAGGGAGCUAGCGACGCUCGGAGUGAUGGGGAGUUGGAGCCCACUGAAAAGGCACUGGAAGGGGGUAGUGAACUUGUAAUAGACUGUGGGAGUCCUGGAGAGUUGGGGGCAACUGAGGGGUGUCUGGGAGGGAAUGGGUGGUUAGAGGGUCAUGGUAAGGAACUGGUAUCCAUUCAGUGUGGACUGGGAGGGAGUGACACUGGGAGCGAUGAUGGAGAAGUGGGAGGAAUUGCAGGCAGUGACACUGGGAAUGAUAGGGAAUUGGGAAGGAGUGGGAGUGAUGAAGGGGAGGUGGGGUGGACAGGGAGAGGGGAGGUUGAAGAACCCAUUCAGGAGCGACUAGGAGGGAGUGGGGAUGGGGAGUUGGGGCCCACUGAGCAGGUACAUGGAGGGAGUGGGGGUUUUCAACGUGACACUGGGAGCGAAUGGAAAUUGGUCACUAUUGAGGAAGAACAGGAAGGGGAUGAGGAACAGGAAGUGAACCCCUGUAUCGAGGAAAUCCUGCGUGAGCUGAGAGAGACGGAGAGGGAGCUGUUCGGAACUGAAUAG